AUGUCUAAUGCUUUCCUCUCUCUCGCUGGCUGGACGUUUCUACCAAAUCUUGUCACAGGAUGGCUUCAGUCUCUUUACUAUGGCAUAACCAUACGCGCUGGCGAACCCAAACCGCAGCCAAACUCCCCCAAAUAUGCCCUUCAUGGCCGACGCAUACACAUCCUUGUUGUCGCAACUUACCUCUUAUAUACCAUAUACGAAGCCGACUGGGAGAUACGGCAGUCUUCUGAUUUCUACCAGGACCUAGGCGUUCUCCCUACGGCCAGCGAACGGGAUAUAAAGUCGAGGUUCAGACGACUAGCAGCUAUGCACCACCCCGACAAAGUGUCAUCGCAGAAUCCUAGCGCAGAGGGAUACUUUGUGCAUCUGAAAUUAGCACAAGACACCUUGCUGAAUCCCACGAAAAGAUUCGCAUAUGAACGCUUCGGACCAUCGAUGCUUGAGUGGCAACGCUGUUCGAGCAUGCGCGACUACAUCAUUCAAGGCCUUCAAUCGAUCCUCCCAUACUAUGGCGUGGCAGCUGUGUUCAUGUACUUGCUUGGUCUCCUGGGAUACUUGGAAUGGGGCAAAUACUGGCGAUGGCUUACCCUUUUCUCUCUAUGCGUUUUCGAGUUGACCGUCAUCUCACGCCCACACUUUCCAAUAAUGGCGAGCAAAGCCAUAAAUCCACUGCUGACGACAUUUGCCAAACACCCACCGUACCUCCCAUUUCAACUCAUCUCACUUGCUAGGAAACUAAGCAUAACGCUCUACAUCGCAUUCUCACAAAUCGGACCACUACUCCAACCACCCACAAUCUCAACCAUGACUCCCGAAGCAGCAAUGGCCGCACAGCUCCAAAGAUUGGAAGCAACAGCACAAGCCGCAGAUACCGAAGCUACUAGGCUUAUGACGAUGGAAAUGAGUCCUUUUGCUGGCGAUCCAGGCGCCUUGAAUGAUGUAAAAGGAAAGGUUAAGGAGUGGCUGGUCCAGAAUACCAUCAGGAAUGACCCCGAGGUUCGAGAUGCGAUAGGAAAUCUGCUUCAGAAGCGGAGAGUGGAUGCGCCGGCAGGUGCGCGGGGGAAUAGAUGA